CAUACGUGUAUUUUUCCGGUCCUUGUCCUUUCUCUAGUAUUUCAGCUCGUGGUCGUCAGCGGUGAAAUACGCACGGUUUAGCGAUAAGUGCCGGUGACUUUAUAAAAAUGUUAGGUUCACUAAAACUAGUGUUAUUCUUAGGUGUAAUUUAUUUAUGUAGGGCCGCCGAGGAGGAUGUACUUGACCUUACAGAUUCGGACUUUUCGUCGGUGAUAGCUCAACAUGAUACUGCUCUAGUCAUGUUUUACGCACCUUGGUGCGGCCAUUGUAAACGCUUGAAGCCUGAGUACGCGGUUGCGGCCGGCGUGCUCAAGACCGACGACCCACCGGUCGCCCUGGCCAAGGUGGACUGUACAGAGGGCGGCAAGAGCACCUGCGAACAGUACUCUGUGUCGGGAUACCCUACACUCAAGAUCUUCAGAAAGGGAGAGCUCUCCUCUGAGUACAAUGGACCUAGGGAGUCCAAUGGCAUCGUCAAGUACAUGCGUGCGCAAGUCGGUCCCAGCUCUAAGGAGUUGCGCACCGUCAAGGAAUACGAAGCCUACCUGAACAAGGAUGACGUGGUGGUCAUCGGCUUCUUUGAAAAGGAGAGCGACCUGAAAGGAGAGUUUAUCAAGACUGCUGACAAGAUGCGCGAGGAAGUCACUUUCGCUCAUUCCUCGGCCAAGGAGGUUCUGGACAAGGCUGGAUACAAGGACAACGUGGUGCUGUACCGUCCGAAGCGUCUGCAGAACAAGUUCGAGGAAUCCUCUGUCGUGUACAACGGAGAGGGAUCCAUCAAGGCCUUCAUCAAGGAAAAAUACCACGGCCUCGUCGGCCUCCGACAGAAGGACAACAUGCAAGACUUCACCAACCCGCUCGUGGUCGCGUACUACGACGUGGACUAUGUAAAGAACGCCAAGGGAACCAACUACUGGAGGAACCGUGUGCUCAAGGCAGCGAAGGAAGUCAGCGAAGCCACGUUCGCGGUGAGCGACAAAGACGACUUCACACAUGAGCUGAACGAGUACGGCAUUGACUUCGCCAAGGGAGACAAGCCUGUGGUCGCUGGCAAGGACGCCGACGGCAACAAAUUCGUCAUGACCAAUGAGUUCAGCAUUGAGAACCUCCAGCAGUUCGCUAAGGACAUGCUCGAUGGCAAGUUGGAGGCGUUCGUCAAAUCUGAGGCCAUUCCUGAAGACAACAGUGGGCCUACCAAGACAGCUGUGGGCAAGAACUUCAAGGAGCUGGUGACUGAGAGCGGCCGGGACGCCCUGAUCGAGUUCUACGCGCCGUGGUGCGGACACUGCCAGAAACUCAUGCCUGUUUGGGAGGAGCUUGGUGAUAAGCUGAAGAACGAGGAUGUAGACAUCAUAAAGAUGGACGCGACCGCCAACGACUGGCCCAAGUCCCAGUUCGAGGUGUCUGGUUUCCCCACCAUCUACUGGAAGCCCAAGGACACCAGCCAGAAACCCGUCAGAUACAAUGGCGGUCGUGCGCUGGAGGACUUCAUCAAGUACAUCGCGGAGCACGCGAGCACCGAGCUGAAGGGCUGGGACCGGAAGGGUAACGCCAAGAAGGAGGAGCUCUAAGGAGCGAGUGAAGCGACAGGCCACGUUGUAAGGGGGGAUCCAGGCGGGUACGGGUUCAAUAACCUCCUAGAGAUAGUGACAGAAGCAUGGGGUCAUUACCCUCUGAGCGAAAUAUAAUUUCUGAUUGGUUAAAAUUUCAACAAAUUGACAGAGGUUGCAAUUUUCAGCCAAUCACAUUAAAGAUGGUCAUUACAAGAGCGCAUACUUAACAAUUUUAAAUAUCGAUCAUCUUGUUACAUCCUGCCCUAUAGUGUAUUUUCUUGAUUACGUAAUACUGGCAGAAUUAUAAUCACACAGAAGCCAUUCAUCAAGAAUUGGAUUGAAGUUUGACCUCGUAACUCGCAUCUGGAUUCGCCUCUAUGCCUGUAGAUCUGCGAGCGAGCGGAGAUACACCGCUACUGCUGACCACCAAUUGUCAUCCAACCUUAUUUAUAAGUAUUAUAAUGGUAAUUUUCCAACUGCCGUUUUCUUGUAGAUUUUGGUUACCAAAUGCUAAGUCUGAACAAAGCUGUAAAAACUUGCGUAACAUCACAAUCUAUCAAGACCUAAUUGGUUAUACACACAUCCAGCGCCGUUUUGAAUGAAAGAAAGGAAAAGAAACUUUUUUUGCGUGUAUUCACUUAUAUAUUUUCGGAUUUUUGUUUACAUUGUCACAUUCCAGCGGGAUUGGUCUUCAUAUCGGUACCAUGUUCAGUAGUGUUGUAGUCUCCUAGUAUAUAUAGUGUAUCUGGUUCAUGCACAGUUGGUGCCAAGACCUGCCAGUUGUAUACUUAAGCGUUUGUAUCAUUAGCGGCACCAAAUGUCCAUGAGCGAGAUUUAUAUUUUAGAUUGAUCUAAAUACAGUAAUUUCGAAUGCAUUUCUUUAUAUGUCAGUGGGAUGAUGAAUAAAUUAGGUUGUAUUUAUAA